AUGGAUAAAUCUAAAAUCUCAUUAACAAUGUUAUCAUAUCUUGUUUAUCUUCGUUUACUUAAACAAUGUUCAAAUUUCAAUCGUUAUGAAUGUACAAAUGUAACACGUACAUAUCUUGUUUCAUCAUGUCCAAAUUAUGUUGAUUUACGCAUUGGUGUUUGGGAUCAUUAUCGUUUAUAUACAUUCUUUCUUCGUUUGAAUGAAACAUUACGAUAUGGUAUAAGAACAAGUAAAGAAAGUAAUGAAGAAUCAUGUCUUUGGACGAUAUUUAAACAAAAACAUGCUGCAAUGAUUUAUUUUGCACAAAUAAUGUCUUCUUUUAAACACCGUACAAUAAAUGAAUUAUGCGAUCAUGUUGAUUUUUCAUCAUAUUCAACAUUACUUGAUAUUGGUGAUUCAUUAGGUGAUCUUAGUCAAACAAUUGUUAAACGAUAUCCACAUAUUAUUGCAUUAAGUCUUGAUUUACCUGAAGUGACUUGUUAUGCUUUAUCAUUAACGAUAGAUCAUUCAAAUGUUCAAUAUGUAGCUGGUGAUUUUUUUGAUGAAAAAUGGCCAAAUGAAAUAAUUGAAAAAAUUUCAAUGAUUGAUCUUGUUUCAUUGAAAUAUAUUAUUCAUGAUUGGCCAUAUAAUCGACGAAAAUUUUUAAUUGAAAAAGUUUAUAAACUAUUAAUAUCAGUAUAA